GGACUUUACCCGUCUGGUUCUUUGUUCGGUUCCAGGUGCGGGCCUACGGCGCACCUCCAGCGCGCUGACCUGGGAUCCAGACCAGCAACCGCUAGGUCUCGGCUUCGGAGGAAUGGGAUGGGACGAGCGCUACGGGAGCUACCAGUGGGACGAGCCGUCCUGGCUUCGCGAGGCCGCCAGAUUCCUCGAGUCCGGCAACUCUGGCCGGGACUGGCUGGCACUCGCCAAGAGACUGGGUUACACCGACAAGGAGUUGAGCCGGUUCGUGGAGGAGCCCAACCCUGGCAUCGCCCUGCUCCGGGACUGGCGGGAGAGCAACGGGGCCACGAGGUACUGCGUCGACGUCCUGGUCUCCUGCCUCCAGCAGAUGGGCAAGCACAACGUGGCCAAGCUCAUUCAGGACGAAUUGGAGCCCGAGUCGCUGGUGCCCCCGGUGUUCAUCAGCUACCAAUGGGACGCCCAAGAUGUGGUGCUCAACAUCCGGCAACACCUGGAGUUUUCCGGCUUCCCGUGCUGGAUGGACGUCGGACAAGUCGGUGGCGGAGACUCGCUCUAUGGGAAGAUCUACGAAGGCAUCAGCAGGGCCAAGGUGGUCAUCUGCUGCCUGACGCCCCGCUACGCCGCAUCGGCGUCGUGCGCCCGCGAAGUAAGCCUGGCGGACGUGCUCCGCAAGCCCAUCAUUCCCAUCAUGGUGGAGCCGACGCCCUGGCCUCCGCCCGGACCGCUGGCCAUCGUCAUGAGCUCCCUCGUCUACGUGGACCUGUGCGGCGUAGGAGGCCACGGCGGCAGUGGGAGGAGGGCCGACUGGGAGAUGCGCUUCCAGGAGAUCGCCGGCCGGGUGGCGCAGUUCCUCAGCGCCCCGGGUAACGUGGCCGUGGCAUCGGGCUCCAGGCCGCAGUCCAAGGCGCAGAAGGCGACCCUCGCUCCGCUGCGGGCCGGAGCCAGCGGCGUCCUCAAGGCCGCCACCCCGUCGCCUCGUCCCAGCUUCAGCCGUGGCACGACCAGGAACGAAGAAGAAAGGGAACUACCUUCGUCUGCUUCGGUUCCCAUGGACGAAGAGCGGGAAUCGCACGACAGUAAUCCCGGUUCUCCGCAGUCGUGGGACAGACCGAACAACGUGAUCAACCGGGUGGUUCGGUGCUCCAUAUGUGUCCUGCUCUAAAGAACAACUAAUCGAUAACAAAAAAAAACUGCUACUUCUUCAAA